CUUCCGGUUAUCGCACCAUGGAUGUAAUUAUCAGCUAGCAAAAAGUUGUGGAUAUGUUUUGCAUAAUAAGUGUCAUUGAAACCAACAUGAUUGUUGUUAGUAUUGAGAGAGCUAAUUUUAACUUCGCUCGUUAGUUAAACGUCCAUUUAUUAGCCAGGCGUGAAGCAAAUUAACCUAAACUGAGCUCGUUUUUUGCUAAGCUUGCUAGCUGCUGCGUGUUGUGCUGUUUUCAAUAUAUCACCCCAUCCCAUGUUCAUUGCGUGAAGGUUUGAAAACAAGGUAAGGUGGCUACCUAGCUACCAUCUAUGUUAUGAGUAGUUUUCUCUUCAGAUCUUCAAAGAACAAAUAAAGGAGGGGGAAAAAAGCUAGAGGGCUAUUGUUUCGAAUGUAAUGUCUUGAGAUCAUGCAGCGAAUCUAUUCAGUUUUAUAAUUAAGCAGUAACGUACGAGGGGGUGUGGUAAAUUGUCAAUAUUCCAUGGCUAAGGGCUGUUCUUAGGCACGAUACAGCCCUUAGUCCUGGUAUUUUGGCCAUAUACCUCAAGCCCCCGAGGUGCCUUAUUGCUAUUAGAAACUUCGAGCAGUAAAAAUUAAUGUUUUGUCAUACCCGUGGGACAUCAGACCAUAUACCACGGGUAUGACAAAACAUUUAUUUUUACUACUCUAAUAACGUUGGUUUGGAGGAAGAAGGGGGCAGCUUGCAAGCCGAAGAACACCAUCCCAACCGUGAAGCACGGGUGGCAGCAUCAUGCUGUGGGGGUGCUUUGCUGCAGGAGGGACUGGUGCACUUCACAAAAAAGAUGACAUCAUGAGGAAGUAAAAUUAUGUGGAUAUAUUGAAGCAACAUCUCAAGACAUCAGUAAGGAAGUUAAAGCUUGGUCGCAAAUGGGUCUUCCAAAUGGACAAUGACCCCAAUCAUACUUCCAAAGUUGUGGCAAAAGGGCUUAAGGACAACAAAGUGAAGGUUUUGGAGCCCUGACCUCAAUCCUAUAGAAAAAUUGUGGGCAGAACUGAAAAAGCGUGUGCUAGCAAGGAGGCCUACAAACCUGACUCAGUUACACCAGCUUUGUCAGGAGGAAUGGGCCAAAAUUCACCCAACUUUUUGUGGGAAGCUUGUGGAAGGCUAAAAGAAACGUUUGACCCAAGUUAAACAAUUUAAAGGCAAUGCUACCAAAUACUAAUUGAGUGUAUGUAAACUUCUGACCCACUGGGAAUGUGAUGAAGGAAAUAAAAGCUGAAAUAAAUAAUUAUCUCUACUAUUAUUCUGAUAUUUCACAUUCUUAAAAUAAAGUGGUGAUCCUAACUGACCCAAGACGGGGCAUUUUUACUAGGAUUAAAUGUCAGGAAUAGUGAAAAACUGAGUUUAAAUGUAUUUGGCUAAGGUGUAUGUAAACUUCCGACAACUGUCCCUAGCACAGGAGGUUGGUGGGACCUUAAUUGGGGAGGACGGGCUCAUGGUAAUGGCUGGAGCGGGAUAAGCCAUUAUUAUGAGCCGUUUUCCCCUCAGCAGCCUCCUGUGAUACCUAGUACUCUGUCUACGUCUAGACCAUAACUAACUGAUUUUGUCUCCCAAUUAGGCAACAUGGCAAACCUAGAGCAAUGGGUGAGCGACAGUCUGCACGACAUCCUCGGCCUGAGUGACAGAUAUGUCGCCCAGUUCAUGAUCGGCUCCGCACGUAAAUCCUCAAGCUCUCAAGACUUUGUGGCCCACCUCAAGUCGACGGGCACUAUCGACAUUAAUCAGAGAGUGAUCGCCUUUGCACAGGAACUGUAUGAAAAGGUUAAAUUAUUUGCUUUCUUUGUAUUUAACUGCAUGCUUGUUUCUUAUUUUGACCGUAGUUAUUAUAAGCGUCUAGUAAUGACUUUCAUCUAUGUGUUUCAGAUUCCUCGUAAACAAGUGGUUGAAAAGCCAGCCAGAGCGAUAGAGCGACAUGUCAUGGAGAUUGAGAGGAAGAAUCGAACUUACACCCUACUGUCGGACAGCGAGAGCGACGGAGAGGUAGUGAGAGAGAGGGAGAAAGAGAAGAAGAAAAUUAAAGACAGAGGCGAUAAGAGAAAGCACCUCAGGAAAAGAGAGGCUAGUCAAUCAUCUAGUGAAGAGGAGACCCCUAAAAGGUAAUCAACAUGGAAUGGGGUUUCAUGUUGCUUGCUUGUUACACAUUCUACCUGCUUUUCUCUCUUGUGUUGCUUUUUAGCUGUUGCAUUUGAACUGUCGCCAUGGACUUCAGGGAGAUAGGAUUCAGCUUCGGGAGUCUAUGGUCUCGUUAACUGAAUUACAACCAUAAAUACAUUACAACAAUGAAGCCAGUUACCCUAGAGUAUUUUGAUUGCUUUCAUGCUGUGUAGUAUUCAUUUUUCAGCUGCCACUCCUCUGUGGCUUCAAUGCCUGCUUGAACAAGCCUCCACUUAGAUUGUGUGAUUUGAGUUUCUAAAAGGCCCUUUCCCUUUCUCAGUGGUAAACUGGGCCAUGGCGACCAGAAGGAUGAAGAGGAGGAGGAGGAGUGGGAGAAGGAAGAGAGAGAACGCGUACUGGAUCUGGAGGAGAGGGAUGCCUUUGCCGAACGAAUGAAACUGAAGGACAAAGACAAGACGAGGAACAUCAUGGAGAGAACAGACAAGAAGGUGGGAUUAACUAUCAAUGAUGGAACCCAACCCAGUCUAUUUUACUUACUAGUGUACUUGUAGGUGUGUUUUGACUGUUGGCUAAAUGUUUUACCAUGACCUUUUCACCAGGGCUAUGAGGAGGCUCAGAAAAGACUAAAGAUGGCAGAGGAGGAUCACAAGAAAAUCGUGAGCACAUGAUUAAAAUGCCCAGUAACUAUUAUCGUAUAAUAGACUAACGUCUAGGUAUAGAAAUACACAGUAGAAAUAGAAUUACUAGAACAGGCAGAGACCCUCAGACUCAUUAUAUUUCUAUGGUCACCACCUAUCUUCUCCUCUUCUCUAUAGCUGCCAGAGUUGAGGAAGGAGUCUCGCAGGAACUACUUGUCCAAGAGAGAGGCUGAGAAGCUGGAGGACCUGGAGGCAGAGAUAGCCGACGAGGAGUACCUGUUCUCCACGGACGCGCUGACGGAGAGGGAGCGGAAGGAGCUGGAGUACAAGCGCAACCUCAGAGACCUGGCCAAGGACUACAAGAAAGCUGGCGCCAAGGAGAAGGAGGAGAGGAAGAACAGAUACUACAUGCCGGAGGAGAAGAGGAGUAAAGUAAGGAGGAGAUAGUUGGCUGGUAAUGGUCCUGCCAUGGAUAGCCAGUACUCUUGUUGAAAUGGAGAUAUGUAAAACACUAGGAUCCGGGGCUUGAUUAUAGAUAUCUUGCUCACUCUCUAUUUCCCUCUUCCUCUAUCUCUCCCCUCUCUCUACCUCCCUCUCUCCAGGAUAUUCCUCAGAGGGACAUGGAGCUGGAGUUGGAGAUGCCGAUGGAGGGUGGAGGAGAGCAGGGCCGCUGGGAGGAGGAGAGGUUGAAGACCGCCUCGCUCAGCUUCGGGGCCAAGAAGGAGAGGGAGAAAGGGUUGAAGGCAGAAAGGGAGAAGUACCAGCUGAUCCUGGAGGAGGAUGAGAUGAUCAACUUUGUCAGCAGUGCCGUCAUCAUGAAGGGAACACAGGAUGAGAAGGUGUGUUGACACUAAGUUUUAUCAUUAAAGCAUUUGUUUCUGAUAGGUUGCAAGGAAUAGAGCUAUAAUGAUGGAUAUUGUGUUUAAAGGCUAGUCGAACAAAAUAUUGCAAUAAUUCAAAUUCAUAAAAUAUUUUACAUUCCAAUCAACCAAUACACACCUGAGCUUCUGUAGCAUUUCUAAAUGUGCAAAUAACACAUUUACGUUUCACAAUGAACAAUAAAGUACAAUUCAAAUAUUGUCUUCAUCUCUGUAUGCUGUGUGUGUCUCCAGGAGCAAGCAGCCCUGUCCCAGGCUGAGGUCCAGAAGCAGUCCAUCCAGGAGGUGAGACGCAGCCUGCCCGUGUUCCCCUACAGAGAAGACCUGCUCCUGGCCAUCCAGCAGCACCAGAUCCUGGUCGUGGAGGGAGAGACGGGCUCUGGCAAGACCACCCAGAUCCCCCAGUACCUCAUGGAGUCGGUGGGUACACAUUACUCAAGGGCCACGUCCAUAAACAUUAUUAUGGGCACAUUUCAAAGGGGUUGGAAUAAAGCAGAAGACACAUUUCCAUUGGACGUUUUUAGUGCGUUUGACAAAGUAAUCUUAAAUCUUCAAUGUUUAUUCACUCUUUUCACUUAAAAAAAUAAGAAUAGUCGUUUUCCACCCUGAUCCAUUUUUGUCAUUAUGUUUUUCUGUGUAUGUUAGCUUUGUUGACCUGUGGUCUGGCUUUACAUCUCCUAGGGCUACAAUGAUGGAGGCAUGAAGAUUGGCUGUACCCAGCCCCGCAGAGUGGCAGCCAUGUCCGUAGCAUCCAGGGUGGCACAAGAAGUGGGCGUCAAGCUGGGUAAUGAGGUGAAUAUCUCUCACUCUCUCUCACUCCGAUGAAGCAUAAAUCAUUCUUACUGUAUAUGGUAGAAAACAAACUCACCUUAUUUGUCCAACCACCCUUUCCUUCCUCAGGUAGGCUACAGUAUCCGUUUUGAGGACUGUACGUCAGAGAGGACGGUCCUCAAAUACAUGACUGACGGAAUGCUGCUCAGAGAGUUCCUCACAGAGCCUGAUCUGGCCAGCUACAGGUACCACUAUAUGCCCCGUCUGUCCUUAUCUUUAGGCAUGUUUUCCAUAUGUAGAGGUUUAUGUUUAAAAGUGGUAUAUGAUGUUUUAGAAAAAUAAGAAAUGAAACAAUUCCCUGCCAUAUUGUUUAUGGUCAGUAUGAAUAAGAAAUGAUCAAUGAUCCCUCUCUCUUUCUCAGUGUGGUCAUCAUUGAUGAGGCCCACGAGCGGACACUGCACACGGACAUCCUGUUUCGGCCUGAUCAAGGACAUUGCCCGGUUCCGUCCGGACCUGAAGGUGCUGGUGGCCAGCGCCACCCUGGACACAGAGCGCUUCUCCUGCUUCUUCGACGACGCGCCGGUCUUCAGAAUUCCCUGGCAGGAGGUUCCCUGUGGACAUCUUCUACACUAAGGUACCACUGCUGACAAUCUGUAUAGUGGAAUGGCCUCAGGACAAAAGGUUGCAUUCCCAUUCUCCACCCUUCUCCCAAAGUGUGCACUUCCCACCAUGGAUUUAACAUGAAAACUCCCUCCAGUCAAUGUUUAAACCAGUCUAGAGCCUUUAAAUCUGUGAAAGGAAGUGAGCAAGUGCGCUCUUUGAGACAAGUCGGAAGAAACGGAAUGCAGCCAAAGGCAUAACUUGUAAUGAAUAUAAAUACCUUUAGAAUGUGAAUCAUUUCACUCGUGAGAAGUGCUGGAUGAUAAUGUACGUCAAAGAUGUAGGCCAAAUAUCUGUUCUUUUUUUGUACUCUUUGCUCUCUGUAUCGGAGACGUCUGCUCCUUGGACAGGUCGACACAACUGCCUCGCCCAACAUGACUUAAUAUAUCAUACUACUCUUACAUGGUACAUCAAUUACACUCUCUCACAAGCUGAUUAAUGUACUCAAAGAGUAGGCCACAUACUUUCUUGACUACAUUGCUCCUGUAUCUUGCUAAUAUUCCCCUCUCUCUAUCAUCAUGCUCUAAUGCAACUACUCUGCAACCUCUUGUAAUCUCUGCAAAUCACACUACAUCUGCUAUCCCGAACUCUGGUCUAAUCACACUACAGUCUGCUAAACACACUACAUCUGCUAAUCCACUACACAUCUGCUAUCAGCUCAACAUCACACUAUAUCAGCUACUACAAUCAUCUACACUCUGCUAAUCACACUACAUCUGCUAAAUCACACUACAUCUGAUCCUAAUCAAUCACUACAUCUGCUAAAUCACACUACAUCUGCUAAAUCACACUACAUCUGCUAAAUCACACUACAUCUGCUAAAUCACACUACAUCUGCUAAAUCACACUACAUCUGCUAAAUCACACUACAUCUGCUAAAUCACAAUCUGCUAAAUCACACGACAUGUACUAAAUCAAACUACAUCUACUAAAUCACACUACAUCUGCUAAAUCACACUACGUCAGCAUCCAUCUUAAGUCUAUUCAUUCUGUAUGCGGCUCUUUAAUGUGCAGGGUGCCGUCUUUCGGAUGGGACGUUAAACGGGUGUCCUGACUCUGUGGUCACUAAAAGAUCCCCUGGCACUUAUCGUAAGAGUAGGGGUGUUAACCCCGGUGUCCUGGCUACAUUUCCAAUCUGGCCCUCAUCAUGGCCACCUAAUCAUCCCCAGCUUCCAAUUGGCUCAUUCAUCUCCCCUCCCCAGUAACUAUUCCCCAGGUCGUUGCUGUAAAUGAGAAUGUGUUCUCGGUCAACUUACCUGGUAAAAUCAAUAAAUGUCACAUACAUUUCUGCCAAAGUGAAUGUCCUUACCGCUCUUCUGUCUCUUUCCACAGGAGGAGAUUGAGACUUGCUGUGAGCUGCUGCAGGAGAGAUGCAGGCGUCUGGGUUCUAAGAUCUCUGAGCUCCUGGUGCUUCCCAUCUACGCCAACCUACCCUCAGACAUGCAGGCCAAGAUCUUCAGCCCCACACCCCCUGGCUCACGCAAGGUGAGAGGACCUCUUCUGUCCAUUUCAAUUUGGGCCACUAGGGGGUGCUCUACUCCCAACAAAGCUCAAGGACCACUUUGGAAAUAUGUUUUAUCCUCUGUGAUCAAAUAAUGUUUAAAAAUAUGUAUGCAUUAUUUUCUUUACCCAAAUGGAAAUCCAAUCCAACCUGGGUUAUUGUAGAUUUCAUGCUGCACUUAUGUUAAUGUAGUAGAUUCUAUUCUACUAUUAUGUAAUUUGAUCACUUCAGACAUUAUUCUUCAGAUUCCUGCCUCCAUGUUUCUCAUUCUCUUGUGUUGUUAUGUACAAACACAUUAUCUGAUGUACAAAGUGUCCUCUCUCUGUGUCCUUAGGUGGUGGUGGCCACUAACAUUGCAGAGACCUCUCUAACCAUCGAUGGGAUCAUAUAUGUCAUAGAUCCAGGCUUCUGCAAGCAGAAGAGCUAUAACGCCCGCACUGGGAUGGAAUCUCUGAUUGUCACUCCUUGCUCACGGGUAACAUACUAGCUUUGGUUUUCAAACAAGCCAUUUUGUUAUUGUCAGAGAAAGUGUCAUUCAUGUGGCUCUUAUCGGGGUUAUUGUACUGUAGUUGUGGAAGAUGCCUCUUGCCAGUAUUUCAAACACCCGUUUCUUUGACUGUCUUUUUGUAGAUUUUAUGUUUGUUCUCUGGACAACAUUCAGAUCAUUUGCUGACUCCAUCUGUGUUUUGAUCCACCACAGGCCUCAGCCAAUCAGCGAGCAGGUCGUGCAGGCAGAGUGGCUGCUGGGAAGUGUUUCCGUCUCUACACUGCGUGGGCGUUCAAACACGAGAUGGAGGAGUCCACCGUGCCUGAGAUCCAGAGAACCAACCUGGGCAAUGUAGUGCUACUGCUCAAGAGCUUGGGUAUGGAACAAACGCUUUAUAAAAUAUGUUAGUGAUAAAUCAGAAAACAUGUUUUAAAAAGCACUGAAGUCCUCUUGAAGUAAUCCACUUAAGUAUAGUCUGUAGUUCACUAUUAUGAGUUUGACUGACUUGACUUAUUCCUUUGAGCUCCUAGUGGAGCAAAGGGCCUGGGCCUCACUGUGAGUGUAGCAAACCCACGUGUCGAUUUAUUUUUAAAUUAGAGUCGCAUAUCUUUUUUUACCCGACAGGAAUUAAUGACCUCAUCCACUUUGACUUCAUGGACCCGCCCCCUCACGAGACCCUGGUGCUAGCCCUGGAGCAGCUGUACGCACUGGGUGCUCUCAACCACCUCGGAGAGCUCACCAAGGUAACUAACGUCUGACUGUCUAUCGAAACAACAGCACCAUUACAAUACUUUUAAAUCGCAUUGUCACCGUUCCCUCCUCCCUUCCUUGUUAGAUCAGUUCAAUAAGGCUUCUACAGCUAUCCCAUCUCAAUGUAAUGUUGGAAAUAAGACCUAUAGUGAUCCUGAUGUUUACAUGUUAAUCUAAUAAGUUCAAUGAUUCAUGUAAAUCUAAUAAUGUUGAAACAUUUAAACCAACACUGUAUUCUAAUUAUAUGAGCACCAAUAUGUUUUUUGUAAAACUACUCCACAAAUGUGGCUCUUCUGAACAACAAUGAAUACGCUCUUGACAUUUUUCUAGAUUUAUCCAAAGUCACGGAAAUCAUGAAAUAUGACUUCCUAAAUUGCAUUAUUACGGUUUUCAUGAUUAUACAUAUAAAUGGCUGUAUAAUUAUGUUUAUGAUAGAGAACAAGUUGUAUAUGCAAAUGGUUGUUCAUCUAAAAGGGCCAAGAUAUCCUGUGGCGUUCCAUCCUUAGACCUUUGUUAUUCCUAAUCUAUGUCAAUGACCUUGCUGCUCUGUCUUCUACCAUACUUCCCAUUGUUUUGGCUGAGGGUACCAACUUCAUUUUAUUUACAUUUACAUUUACAUCAUUUAGCAGACGCUCUUAUCCAGAGCGACUUACAAAUUGGUGCAUUCAACUUAUGAUAGCAAGUGGGACAACCACUUUUUUUCUUCUUUUUUUUUAUGGGGGGGGGGGGUAGAAGGAUUGCUUUAUACUAUUCCAGGUAUUCCUUAAAGAGGUAGGUUUUAUCACACAAGAAUUUCAAUUCACUGAUCAACGAAGCCAACUCAGGCAUGGACAAAUUCUCUGAAUGAUUCCAGAUAAACAAAUGAUCUUUAAAUGUAAAAAUAAAUCCAACUUCAUUGUAUUUACUGGUAAGAAUAAGAAAUAAAUAUAUAUAUAUAUAUAUUUUUUUUUUUUAAGAGCCAGAAUCUCAAUUGGUGGGAAUGAAAUGGAGCAGGUUUCAUCCACUAGAUUCCUAGGUGUUCUAGUUGAUGAAAAGUUGUCCUGGAAAGAUGAUAUUCACUUUGUGUGCAGCAAAGUGAAGUCCUUUGGUAUCAUCAGAAAGAUGAGUGGUUUGGUUCAUCAGGCUUGCUUCCUAGCUCUAUACUACAGCUUCAUUUACCCAGAUCUCAUUUACUGCAAUAUUGUCUGGGCCAGUACAUAUGCUUCCUACCUACACAAAUGACUCAUCACACAAAAUAAAUGUACAAGACUAGCCACCUCCUCUAACUACUUGGCUCCAACUGUCCCUCUUUUUAAGAAACUCCAUAUGUUGUCUAUCUACAACAUUAAUCUACUCCAAUUAUGCACCUUCAUCUACAAAUACACAUACCUCCCACAGACAGCCUACCUAAACACUUCAAUGGUUAAUUCAGGUUAAUUCCCAAAUCCAUGCAUACAACACAAGACACUGUGAUAACCGUCACCCUCCCCACUGCCGCACCUCACAUAGUACUCUGGAAUUCCUAUCUUCACAUUGCCAAAACAACAUCAUCAUCCCUCAAUAACUUCAAGCGUAGAUUAGGGGUCAGCCCGAUGAACCAAACUACCCAGUAGUCUCCUCCAUGUAGCCUAACUCUCUCUCUCUCUCACAUAAUCAAACAUGUUUUUUCUUGUAUACUGAGUAUAUCAUGUACAGUUAUAAUUAGUAUGCUUUGCUUAACUGAUUGAACAAACUUUUUUUGUACUUCUAUUUGUGUAUUGGUUUUUGUGGUUUCCAACCACCUGCACAUAUUCUUUUUUUUCUGUUUUAUUUUUAUCUGUACUGUUUUGUCCUUCCCUUUAUUAUUUGGUACGAAAAAUAAAACCUAAAAAGUGAAAAUUACCUCUGGGAAUUAAGGGAGGAGAUACAGUGGGGAGAACAAGUAUUUGAUACACUGCCGAUUUCGCAGGUUUUCCUACUUACAAAGCAUGUAGAGGUCUGUAAUUAUUAUCAUAGGUACACUUCAACUGUGAGAGACGGAAUCUAAAACAAAAAUCCAGAAAAUCACAUUGUAUGAUUUUUAAGUAAUUAAUUUGCAUUUUAUUGCAUGACAUAAGUAUUUGAUACAUCAGAAAACCAGAACUUAAUAUUUGGUACAGAAACCUUUGUUUGCAAUUACAGAGAUCAUACGUUUCCUGUAGGUCUUGACCAGGUUUGCACACACUGCAGCAGGGAUUUUGGCCCACUCCUCCAUACAGACCUUCUGCAGAUCCUUCAGGUUUCGGGGCUGUCGCUGGGCAAUACGGACUUUCAGCUCCCUCCAAAGAAUUUCUAUUGGGUUCAGGUCUGGAGACUGGCUAGGCCACUCCAGGACCUUGAGGUGCUUCUUACGGAGUCACUCCUUAGUUGCCCUGGCUGUGUGUUUCGGGUCUUUGUCAUGCUGGAAGACCCAGCCACGACCCAUCUUCAAUGCUCUUACUGAGGGAAGGAGGUUGUUGGCCAAGAUCUCGCGAUACAUGGCCCCAUCCAUCCUCCCCUCAAUACGGUGCAGUCGUCCUGUCACCUUUGCAGAAAAGCAUCCCCAAAGAAUGAUGUUUCCACCUCCAUGCUUCACGGUUGGGAUGGUGUUCUUGGGGUUGUACUCAUCCUUCUUCUUUAGUUUAGACCAAAAAGCUCUAUUUUUGUCUCAUCAGACCACAUGACCUUCUCCCAUUCCUCCUCUGGAUCAUCCAGAUGGUCAUUGGCAAACUUCAGACGGGCCUGGACAUGCGCUGGCUUGAGCAGGGGGACCUUGCGUGUGCUGCAGGAUUUUAAUCCAUGACGGCGUAGUGUGUUACUAAUGGUUUUCUUUGAGACUGUGGUCCCAGCUCUCUUCAGGUCAUUGACCAGGUCCUGCCGUGUAGUUCUGGGCUGAUCCCUCACCUUCCUCAUGAUCAUUGAUGCCCCACGAGGUGAGAUCUUGCAUGGAGCCCCAGACAGAGGGUGAUUGACCGUCAUCUUGAACUUCUUCCAUUUUCUAAUAAUUGCGCCAACAGUUGUUGCCUUCUCACCAAGCUGCUUGCCUAUUGUCCUGUAGCCCAUCCCAGCCUUGUGCAUGUCUACAAUUUUAUCCCUGAUGUCCUUACACAGCUCUCUGGUCUUGGCCAUUGUGGAGAGGUUGGAGUCUGUUUGAUUGAGUGUGUGGACAGGUGUCUUUUAUACAGGUAACGAGUUCAAACAGGUGCAGUUAAUACAGGUAAUGAGUGGCGAACAGGAGGGCUUCUUAAAGAAAAACUAACAGGUCUGUGAGAGCCGGAAUUCUUACUGUUUGGUAGGUGAUCAAAUACUUAUGUCAUGCAAUAAAAUGCUAAUUAAUUACUUAAAAAUCAUACAAUGUGAUUUUCUGGAUUUUUGUUUUAGAUUCCGUCUCUCACAGUUGAAGUGUACCUAUGAUAAAAAUUAGACCUCUACAUGCUUUGUAAGUAGGAAAACCUGCAAAAUCGGCAGUGUAUCAAAUACUUGUUCUCCCCACUGUAUACAGUGGGGACAAAAGUAUUUAGUCAGCCACCAAUUGUGCAAGUUCUCCCACUUAAAAAGAUGAGAGAGGCCUGUAAUUUUCAUCAUAGGUACACGUCAACUAUGACAGACAAAUUGAGAAAUUUUUUUUCCCGAAAAUCUCAUUGUAGAAUUUUUUAUGAAUUUAUUUGCAAAUUAUGGUGGAAAAUAAGUAUUUGGUCACCUACAAACAAGCAAGAUUUCUGGCUGUCACAGACCUGUAACUUCUUCUUUAAGAGGCUCCUCUGUCCUCCACUCGUUACCUGUAUUAAUGGCACCUGUUUGAACUUGUUAUCAGUAUAAAAGACACCUGUCCACAACCUCAAACAGUCACACUCCAAACUCCACUAUGGCCAAGACCAAAGAGCUGUCAAAGCACACCAGAAACAAAAUUGUAGACCUGCACCAGGCUGGCAAGACUGAAUCUGCAAUAGGUAAGCAGCUUGGUUUGAAGAAAUCAACUGUGGGAGCAAUUAUUAGGAAAUGGAAGACAUACAAGACCACUGAUAAUCUCCCUCGAUCUGGGGCUCCACGCAAGAUCUCACCCCGUGGGGUCAAAAUGAUCACAAGAACGGUGAGCAAAAAUCCCAGAACCACACGGGGGGACCUAGUGAAUGACCUGCAGAGAGCUGGGACCAAAGUAACAAAGCCUACCAUCAGUAACACACUACGCCGCCAGGGACUCAAAUCCUGCAGUGCUAGACGUGUCCCCCUGCUUAAGCCAGUACAUGUCCAGGCCCAUCCGAAGUUUGCUAGAGUGCAUUUGGAUGAUCCAGAAGAGGAUUGGGAGAAUGUCAUAUGGUCAGAUGAAACCAAAAUAGAACUUUUUGGUAAAAACUCAACUCGUCGUGUUUGGAGGACAAAUAAUGCUGAGUUGCAUCCAAAGAACACCAUACCUACUGUGAAGCAUGGGGGUGGAAACAUCAUGCUUUGGGGCUGUUUUUCUGCAAAGGGACCAGGACGACUGAUCCGUGUAAAGGAAAGAAUGAAUGGGGCCAUGUAUCGUAAGAUUUUGAGUGAAAACCUUCCAUCAGCAAGGGCAUUGAAGAUGAAACGUGGCUGGGUCUUUCAGCAUGACAAUGAUCCCAAACACAUCGCCCGGGCAACGAAGGAGUGGCUUCGUAAGAAGCAUUUCAAGGUCCUGGAGUGGCCUAGCCAGUCUCCAGAUCUCAACCCCAUAGAAAAUCUUUGGAGGGAGUUGAAAGUCUGUGUUGCCCAGCGACAGCCCCAAAACAUCAAUGCUCUAGAAGAGAUCUGCAUGGAGGAAUGGGCCAAAAUACCAGCAACAGAGUGUGAAAACCUUGUGAAGACUUACAGAAAAUGUUUGACCUGUGUCAUUGCCAACAAAGGGUAUAUAACAAAAUAUUGAGAAACUUUUGUUAUUGACCAAAUACUUAUUUUCCACCAUAAUUUGCAAAUAAAUUCAUAAAAAAUCCUACAAUGUGAUUUUCUGGAUUUUUUUUCCUCAUUUUGUCUGUCAUAGUUGACGUGUACAUAUGAUGAAAAUUACAGGCCUCUCUCGUCUUUUUAUGUGGGAGAACUUGCACAAUUGGUGGCUGACUGAAUACUUUUUCCCCCCACUGUAAUAGGUCAAAUCUAUUCCAUCACCAUGAGACAGGUGAAUGUCUUUGUUCUAAUACCUUAGAAAGGUGAGAAUAUUUGAUGUGAAAUUUAAGUCGCUCUGGAUAAGAGCGUCUGCUAAAUGACGUAAAUGUAAAGGUCAUGUAAUGUGUGUUGUGUUCCAGUUGGGCCGCAGGAUGGCUGAGCUGCCGGUGGACCCCAUGCUGAGCAAGAUGAUCCUGGCCUCAGAACAGUGAGUCUCUAUGGCGAUCCUGGCACUGGCUUGGAAUAAAUGAUCAUCCUGGAAUAAAUUAUUAUUAUUAUUCUGUUACCUUGCUCAUCAUUCCCCUCUCUCUCCUUUCUCUUUUUUUCACUCUUUCUCACCCUUUCCUCUCUCACUCAAUAUUAUUGAGUGCCAAUUAUUCAACAGGACAUUAAAUACCUUUUAUGUAUUUCACUGAACAUUCCCAUCUUCCUCUGUCUCUCCACAGGUAUAAGUGUUCUGAGGAGGUGUUGACCAUCGCGGCCAUGCUGUCUGUGAACAACUCCAUCUUCUACCGGCCCAAAGACAAGGUGGUUCACGCCGACAACGCCAGGCAGAACUUUGUGGUGCCCGGAGGAGACCAUAUGGUGCUGCUCAACGUCUACACACAGGUCAGGAGGAUUGGGUUUGAUAGUUAGGAUAAAGAUGUGAUACUACCCCACUUUGUUGUUUCCACUUGUUUCAUGUAAGGUUUCAGGGUAGCAGUUCUGGGUCAUAUUCAUUUGGCACCAACUGUACAAAAACGGAUUGAAACAUGGAGGGGCUACCUGAACUGUCCCCAGGACAGAGUUUGGGAAACGCUGUUCUAUGUUUUGUUGUCAGUCUGUGAUCUUGACUGCAUUAUUUGUCCCUCAGUGGCUGGAGAGUGGCUACUCCACCCAGUGGUGCUACGAGAACUUCAUCCAGUUCCGCUCCAUGAAGCGGGCGCGGGAUGUCAGGGAGCAGCUGGAGGGCCUGAUGGACAGGAUCGAGGUGGAGGUGUGCAGCUCAGGCGGAGACAUUGUGCCCAUCCGCAAGGUCAGUGUGACUGAACGCACCUUAACCUUGUUAGGCUCUGACAAAACAGAGUAAAAACUAACGGACAACUAGGAAAAGCUCAAACCAAGUUUAUUCACCCAAUGGGUCAAUCAGCUGAAAAGACAAAUACAUGUUCCCACCAGCACAAGUGUAUAUGUAUCCCCACUCUAAGUGGUGUCUCCUCCCGUUCUCUAAACAUUACAUCUUUAUUGCUAGGCAGGAAGUUAAAUUAUGUGGGUAAUAAACUGUUCCUUCCCCUUCAUGUGACCUGACCUGACCUCGGCGGCCAUUCCUCACUAAUCCACCCUUAUCUGACCCCACCAUAUAUAGUUGAAGUCAGAAGUUUACAUACACUUAGGUUGGAGUCAUUAAAACUCGUUUUUCAACCACUCCACACAUUUCUUGUUAACAAACUAUAGUUUUGGCAAGUCGGUUAGGACAUCUACUUUGUGCAUGACACAAGUAAUUUUUCCAACAAUUGUUUACAGACAGAUUAUUUCCCUUAUAAUUCACUGUAUCACAAUUCCAGUGGGUCAGAAGUUUACACACACUAAAUUGACUGUGCCUUUAAACAGCUUGGAAAAUUCCAGAAAAUGAAGUCAUGGCUUUAGAAGCUUUUGAUAGGCUAAUUGACAUCAUUUGAGUCAAUUGGCACGUAGCUUAGUGGUUAAGAGCGUUGUGCCAGUAACCGAAAGGUCGCUGGUUCUAAUCCCCGAGCCGACUAGGUGAAAAAUCUGUCGAUGUGCCCUUGAGCAAGGCACUUAACCCUAAUUGCUCCUGUAAGUCGCUCUGGAUAAGAGCGUCUGCUAAAUUACAAAAAAAAAAAAAUACCAAUUGGAGGUGUACCUGUGGAUGUAUUUCAAGGCCUACCUUCAAACUCAGUGCCUCUUUGCUUGACAUCAUGGGAAAAUGAAAAGAAAUCAGCCAAGACCUCAGAAAAAAAAUUGUAGACCUCCACAAGUCUUGUUCAUCCUUGGGAGCAAUUUCCAAACGCCUGAAGGUACCACGUUCAUCUGUACAAACAAUAGUAUGCAAGUAUAAACACUAUGGGACCACGCAGCCGUCAUACUGCUCAGGAAGGAGACGCGUUCUGUCUCCUAAAGAUGAACGUACUUUGGUGCAAAAAGUGCAAAUCAAUUCCAGAACAACAGCAAAGGACCUUGUGAAGAUGCUGGAGGAAACAGGUGCAAAAGUAUCUAUAUCCACUGUAAAACGAGUCCUAUAUCGACAUAACCUGAAAGACCACUCAGCAAAGAAGAAGCCACAGCUCCAAAACCGCCAUAAAAAAGCCAGACUACGGUUUGCAACUGCACAUGGGGAAAAAUAUUGUACUUUUUGGAGAAAUGUCCUCUGGUCUGAUGAAACAAAAAUAGAACUCUUUGGCCAUAAUGACCAUCGUUAUAUUUGGAGGAAAAAGGGGGUGCCUUGCAAGCCGAAGAACACCAUCCCAACCGUGAAGCACGGGGGUGGAAGCAUCAUGCUGUGGGGGUGCUUUGCUGCAGGAGGGACUGGUGCACUUCACAAAAUAGAUGGCAUCAUGAGGAAGGAAAAUGAUGUGGCUAUAUUUAAGCAACAUCUCAAGACAUCAGUCAGGAAGUUAAAGCUUGGUCGCAAAUGGGUCUUCCAAAUGGACAAUGACCCCAAGCAUACUUCCAAAGUUGUGGCAAAAUGGCUUAAGGACAACAAAGUCAAGGUAUUGGAAUGGCCAUUGAAAAUGUGUGGGCAGAACUGAAAAUGCGUGUGCGAGCAAGGAGGCCUACAAACCUGACUCAGUUACACCAGCUCUGUCAGGUGGAAUGGGCCUAAAUUCACCCAACUUAUUGUGGGAAGCUUGUGGAAGGCUACAAGAAACAUUUGACCCAAGUUAAACAAUUUAAAGGCAAUGCUACCAAAUACUAAUUGAGUGUAUGUAAACUUCUGACCCACUGGGAAUGUGAUGAAUGAAAUAAAAGCUGAAAUAAAUCAUUCUCUCUUCUAUUAUUCUGACAUUUCACAUUCUUAAAAUAAAGUGGUGAUCCUAACUGACCUAAGACAGGGAAUCUUUACUAGAAUUAAAUGUCAGUAAUUGUGAAAAACUGAGUUUAAAUGUAUUUGUCUAAGGUGUAUGUAAACUUCCGACUUCAACUGUACAUUCCUACUACAUAUAACCAUUAACUUCUGGUGUAGCAAGUAUUUCCAAUUACAACCCAACAACUGAAACCCCACUGUGGCCCUUCUCUCCAUAGGAUACCUGAUGUCUAACAAUAACAUGUUCUGACAGAAUGUAAACCCCCUGCAUUCCCCUCUCUCCCUCAGUAACAUGAAUAAGGAUAUUUCAUAUUUCCAAUUUAGAAGUAAGAACCCAUCAACCUCAUGACCAUAAACACACCUUAAAACCGCUUAACCAUAAACACACCUUAAAACCACUUGACCAUGAACACACAAUAAAACCGCUUCAUCUAGUUAACCAUGUAUUUUUUUUAAACACCCUCCUAGAGUGUAGACCAGUGUUUCCCAACUCCAGUCGUCGGGUACUCCCAAACAGCACACCAGAUUCUACUUGUCAACUUAACAUCAAGCCCUCCAUGUUGAAUCAGGUGUUUUUGUCUGGGGCUACAACUAAAAGUGUGCUGUUGGGGAAACACUGACCUAGACCACUUUGUUGCACUUCUAAUUUGCUGUGUGAACACUUACCUGACACCAAGCUCUUUGUUACAUGUGUAGCCAAUGUGUGAAUAUGCUUCACACUAUAUCUGUGUGAAUGCCCCUUUAAACCACUGACUGUGCAGAUUUAGAUAGCACUGCGCUAGCAGCAGUAUUCAAUGGAGAUGCAAGCCUGUCACUUCACACUGGAUCUGAGGGACUGAAUGGACCCUUUAUAGGUGAUGGGAUUAGUUAGGAAAUCUGUUCCCAAGUAUUCCCACACAUAAAUAGAGAGGCAUAUGUGAUCGUAUCCCAGUGUAAUCAAGGUUUGAAAUGAUUCUGUUUUUGUCAUACUAUAUCUGUUUGGGAUUCUUGCGGUCAAUGUUCAGUGUACAAAUUAUUUAUUUAAUAACAACAAUUAUUUAUUACAAAUGAUUUAUUAUUUAUAACUAUGUUCCGGCCCCCCGACCAUCCGCUCAAAGAAAAAUCGUCCCACGGCUGAAUGUAAUUGGGGACCCCUGUGCUACACCCUUCUCACCAUCUCAGUAACAACAUCAUCACUCUCACUCAUACAUCCUCUCUCUCACUGAUACUUCAUAUAAAAAUAUGUAUUUUGACCUCAAUGGGACAACCAUGUCAAAUAAAGGUUAAAUAAAUUCUCUCUCCCUCUCUCAGGCAGUGACGGCAGGGUAUUUCUACCACACGGCACGGCUAAGCAAGGGGGGCUACAAGACGGUGAAGCACCAGCAGACGGUCUACGUCCACCCCAACAGCUCCCUGUUCGAGGAGCAGCCCCGCUGGCUCAUCUACCACGAGCUGGUCUUCACCACCAAGGAGUUCAUGAGACAGGUCUGGGAUCAGUACUAGUAGACUUGUGGUCAUGUUUGUGUGUAUUUUUCUCCGUGUGAGGCAGACCUGGAGUCAGAGGACAAAGUAAAACUUUAGGGGAGAGUUGUUGCCGUCUUGCCACUUGUUGUUGUUGGCAGACUGAAUACGAUUUAAGGGGAAGGGCCGUGCUGUUAUUCUUACAUUACUUUGAAUGAAUGUAAAGAUUUUCCCCCCCUUUUAUUUAAACCUCUUUCUCUGCCUCUCAAGGUGAUUGAGAUAGACAGCGGCUGGCUGCUGGAGGUGGCUCCCCACUACUACAAGAACAAGGAGCUGGAGGACAGCAGCAGCAAGAAGAUGCCUCGCAAACAGGGCAAGGCCAAGGAAGAGCUGGGCUAA